UACGAAAAGAAUGGAAAAACAGUCAUGUUAGAUGUAAAAUUUAUAUCCUACAUGACUAUUCAGGGAGUCGCUAACUUGACAGUUGCUCGUAUUACGUCAUUUGGUAAGAGUUGUCAAUCUCUUUCCUCGUGUUUGUUCACAUCCGCUUUUCUCGGAAAAGAUUAUUUAAUCAUCCUUCGCUUUCUCAGAAACAACGUUUUGAAUCAUACUUAAAGUUUAUUUCGAUGCAAUAGUAUCCACUUUGCAAUAGGAUAUUUUAGUGGCGCCACUAUUCGUAGAAGUGCCCUAGAAGAGUAUCUCUAUCAUGGCUUGUUUGUUAAUCGGUGUUGGGCGACUCCUUUUCUUUGGCUCGGUAGGCCUCCAGGCCUACUCGCUAGCUUCGUAUCCUGCCGAGUACAAAAACGACGAUGGCUUCUAUGGACUGGUCGUCUUGUACGGUCCUGCAAUUUGUUUGUGGUGUUAUAUCAUGUGGGACGAAAAGAAAUUACAAUGGUUAUUUGUUGUUUGGACGUUCUAUAUCUUUGGUUUUGUAAUCUUCGUUGGGAUCAUAUUUGGACUCGAGCCCAUAGAAGAUAACCUUGACAAAGCGAAAUUAUUCGGUCCAAACAUUCUAAAGACGACCCUUUGCCUUGCCCCGGUGAUCCUGUUGUUGCUUUUGAGUACCGGAACGAACUCCGCCGUCUACAGAGACCAGAUCUGGCAGUUGUCCCUCCGAAUGGCGUUGGAUCUCUUCGAUGGAGUGGAAAUGCUGGAUGUCAUUAUCGAAGAGAAUGAAUUCAGUCACAACGUUCCUAAAAGCUUUGAAAAAGCAAUGCUUGCAUUCGUCUGUAUCAGCUUUCUGACGUCUCCACUACAACUGGUGGAGAUAAAGAUCGGAGCAGGAGAGUGGAAAUUCCGCAAACGGACAGCUUUUUGGAGCAGAACCUUUCAAAUUAUAUGUGUUAAUUGCGUGUUUUUGGGGCUCCGCAUACCUCUGUGGCUACGCUACGGAAAAGAUGCCUCUAUUUUUAUCGCCAAAAAUGCUAUUGUUAUUUGCCUUGGUCUCUUUGAAAUAUGUUCAAUCUGUGAGUGUUGUGGUUGUGACGAUUAGUAUGCAAGAUUUUGGGUUAUGAGUAGAGAGCCAAUGAUCCGGAUAAUUUUUUCAGGACGAAUUUAAUUGAAUGGAACAAGAAGUGCUGGCUAAGUUCUUCUUUUGUUAUUAAACAAUUGUUUUUAUUCUAAUUAACAAAUUACUUUUCUAAAGAUAUAUCCAUUUAUUGUGUGCAACAGUCUUUGAGCAGAAUAAAGCUUUUAGAUUUUUUUUUCAGUCGCGUAAAGGUCAAUAGUUAAACCUGAUGAUUUUCUGACCCAGCCAUGGAUAGAUUCGAAACAAUUAGUUUACUAUACUUCAUCAGGAACGUUUCCUUAUUUCUUGAAAAACGAACUUACCUCGGCAAUAUUUCCUUUUUAAAUUGUAGUAGAUAUAUAUAUAGUGUUGAGGGAUGACAUUUCACCUAUCAAGCGUCCUUUUAAGGGCAUUUAUCUUGGGGGACCUGUAUGAAAUAGGAAAGGUCCAAGUUUGCAUAGAAGGCGAUGUUACGUGAAUAACGAUGUUUGUAUCCCUUUCCCAAGUUUAAAACGCUAUUCUGAAACGCGUUAAUUAUUAUAAAUGGAUAUUUCCGUUUCUUUUAUUCCUGAGACGCGAUUGAGAAGCUCUUUAGAAAAUUCGUGCAUGCAUCGGGUUUCUUGAAAGUUUCCAUUAGACGCCCUGACUAAAAGUACUUUUAGAAUAGACGGGAUGGGUUGAGGAAGGUGAAGGGUCGAGCCUACAGAGUUGAUUUCGAAAAUAAACCGAAAAAACAAGGGACAAGAAAAUUUAAGCCAAAAAAUCGUGACUAUUGCCCGAUGUUUUUUUGUAGUUAUUUUCGAAAUUCACUGUUCAGUGUAAUUAAGCUUCUCUGUUUUUAUUUCUUAAUGUUAGUUAGGCACCUUUUCGUCUGCUACACAUCUUCGUCAACCAAUGAUGUUGGUUAAGUCAGUGGUAUAAUAUAAAACCGUGUGUUGAAUGAGAAAGUUGAAGAAACUCACGUCUGUAUUGUCGGGCAAUUUUUGUGUUAAUUUGAGAAACAUGGGGUUGAAUCAAUCCAAGCUCGAAAUGUAUGUUUGGAAGCAAGGAUACAUCGCGUCGAUGUAUAAUAAUCAUGUAAACUA